GGUAAUUGUUAUCAUUAUUAUCGAGAUUACGUAUAGAGUAUAUACGUUAACGAUGAACUUACCGUUUUCGGUCCGCAUUCCGAUCCGAACGCGCGUCCGACGAAAACUAUCGGUACGUUUUUAAAUAUUUUAUAUUAUAUUAUUACACAGGCAGUUUUAAAUACGCCGGCGUCGUCGUUUACAAAAAAAAAAAAACGAUCGAAACAAAAUUAAUAUAAGAAUAGUUUUUUUUUUUUUUUUUCGUUUUGUUUUUACGAUCCCGAAUUAUGGGCGGAAAGUCGAGUAAUUCGUUGCGGGUUCUUACCGUGGCCGCCGCCGCCUCCGUCAUCGCAUGCACCGUAACGCCGCAAGUAAGCCGAUUGUAAAUAAUAAUAAUAUUUUAAUAUUCGUUUUCUUCUUUGACCCGCCGUUAUUGUUUCGCGCGAUACACAUAUGUGUAUACAGUAUAAGCCGCUUAUUAGGAACACUUCGGGACCGAGGUGAAACGUGUCGAUUAACCGAUUGUUUCUAAUAAACGAUUGGUUUUAAUAUACCGACCGGUCCGUCCCUGUACAUUUUGUUUCAAUAACGCGAUCGUAUCAAUUGUCCUUGGUCCAAAUAAGCGGCUUCUACUGUUUACACAAAUGUAUCGAGAUUGUGUUCCGGUCAAAGUUUUAAACGUACCAUACCAGGUGAUUGAUUUGAGCGGGUACGCCCAUUAUCUCGGAUAGUAUUAACUUUUUCUAGUCAAUAUUUUAAAAGGUACCGUUAUUUAACGGAAACGUGUUCGUCCGAAUAAUUUACUAUCAAAUUUACUAUAUAACUUUUAAUUUUUUCAAAAAUAUUCAAAAAGUUAAACGUCAAGUUUAAUAUUAUCACCUUUUUAUUUCGUUGACUUCUUACUUUUAUUUUUAAUUUCCCAAGUAAAAUUCCGACUUGUCUUCUUUUGUAUUACCAUUAGGCUAAUUGCACUGUAUGCUAUUUACAGGGGGAUACGUUCAUCAUAAACCAGCGAUUUUCUUUGAGAAUUUCUAUUGAAUUCGAAUACUGUUUUUCGCAAUCAUUAUUAUAGAACCGGUUAAAAUUUAUUUAAAAUCCGUUCACCCCUGUUCCAAUCAUCUGCUUAUACUUUAAAUCAGGUAAUCAAAUUCAUAUCCAUUUUUAGAUGGUAAAUUUAAAACUCUACGUCCCUACGCCUCUGGUUUAAAUGCUAAACCGUUUAAACUCGUUAACAGUAAAUCCGAAAUAACAAGUGUUGCUCGUGUACAAUAUUUUCGAAAAAAAUUCUCUAUUAAAAUCCGUGUGUAAAACGGGGGGUAUUGCCAAUGUAAAACCCAACGGAUACAAUCGUUUAAAGUAGGUAUAUGGAUUUGGGGUGAACAUUUGAAAAAGAAAACGUAAACGAUGACCGAAAAACCGAACAAAACUCGAAUUCACUUAAAAAAAAUUCGCCGGUCGGCGACAAAUGGGGAUCGCCCUGUAUAAUAUCCGUGCGGCGCGUAUGAGGUGUACGCGUCUUCGCGGUCGUGCAUUCUCGAAAACAAAAAUGAUGUACGAGUACGGUGUAUGUUAAUAUUGUUAUAAAACCUCUCCGCUAUACGGCAUGGGCGCCCGCACUUUUUCAGAUUUAAUCGACGUUAUCGCCGCAGUAGGUGUAAACUUUUUCGUCUCGCAAUUUAAAGGGAGCGAUAAACAAUGCACUACGCAAUAAACUCGUAUAUAAAACCGCCACCUCUAUUGCAUUCUAUUACCUAUACGCGUCAUAUACUUUCGAGUCACCGGGACCGGCAGAAAUAGAAAAAAAUAGAAAGAAAACAACAGACUAUAAUGGAGGGGUGCCAUUUUUACGCGUUUUUCACCGUAUCAUAAGAGGAAUAUAUUUCGUUUUCGUAAAUACAGAACGCGCGGUCCCGGAGAUACCGUAUUCAAAUUGAACGCGUUCUGCUAGUGUUAUUUUUACACACGCGAGUACAUAUGCGUUUUUUUUUAAAUUACUUUUUCCCGCGACAAUAUUAUGAUUGCGAAUUGAGUCUUACCGCAGCAGGAUCUCCCGGUUCUCGAUUGGUCGUACGAUGAAAACUAAAAAAAAAAAAAAAAAAAAAAAAAAAACCGCUACGCGCUCGCGGUACGCUAUAAUAUUUGUUUUUUAAUCAAUAGUAUACUCGUAAACUACUCAUCGCCACGAGAUAAUAACACGCGGUUCGAAAUAAUUAAUCAAGAGUACAGUUGUCGGAACGUUAUAACGUUACCACGGCAUUAUGAUGUUGUAUGUAUAUAGGUACUUUUGUGUUUUUAUGAAAACGUUCAAUUCCCGGUGGUAUUGCGCGCGGUGCAGUUUGACGAUGUAUUAUUAUUAUACGUAUACCCCCGGUGAAAUUGAUGUAAUUCAAUUUUUGUGCGCGGUUCUUACGCUCACAGGUUUUUCUUUGUCGUAAUAUAUUUUAUCGCCGCGCGUUAAAAACACUCGAAUUUAUUUAAUAAAAUCGAAAGAAAAAAAAAAAAAAAAAAAAAACAAUAUUAUUGCAAUAAUAAUAUUAUUGUUGUUGUUUCGAUUUUAUUUCCGUCCNUACUUUUUCCCGCGACAAUAUUAUGAUUGCGAAUUGAGUCUUACCGCAGCAGGAUCUCCCGGUUCUCGAUUGGUCGUACGAUGAAAACUAAAAAAAAAAAAAAAAAAAAAAAAAAAAAAAACAACAAUAUUAUUGCAAUAAUAAUAUUAUUGUUGUUGUUUCGAUUUUAUUUCCGUCCUUUCUGAGCGACUAUAAAUUAUAUCGGCACUUUAGUUUCGUACAUACUUUUAACGGCUCCAUCUGGACCGGGCGAUCUUAAACAAGGAGAUUUUAAAGGCCGAUUGAAGUCGAGUUGAAUUAAAAUUUAAUUUUCACUGCCGCGCUAAGUGGCAGACUUGUUAAUUUGUCGAGUAAAUGUAUGUUAGAAAAAAUAUCCGAAAACUUAUUUAAAAUAGUCACCGAAAUAUUAUUACAUGUAAUGAAUUUGAAAUACAUAUUCUUAAUACAUUUGAAAUACUCCCUGUAUUUUUACUCGAAAUCCUAAUAAUACGUGUCGUUCACCACGUUCGUGGUUAUUAUGGCCAGUUUAGCCAUUUAGUUUUGAUCACACCUGCAGACCUCUAAAUGAAACUGGGUGGAUAACAUUUUUUUUUUUAUAUUAAUGACUUUUAUAUAAAUAGGGAUUUACAUUUUGGUGGUUUCAACUUUUAAUCUCGGUCUCUAUCAUUUGUACGUUUUACACUCACCGUUUACUUUAGAAAGUUGUAAAUACAUAGUAUAUACGUGUAAUAAUAAUUGCAUUAUAAACGUAUUAAUUUAUUAUUAUAUUUUUUUUUUUUUGUUUUUUUAUAAAAAAAAAACAUUUCUUCAGUACAAAAUAAAUGGGAGAAAAUUCGAUUCGAACGAUGGCAAUUUGAUUUUCAUUGAUGUUUUUAAAACUAAUUAUUUUCGUGUUACCGUCUAAUCAUAGCAACCGUUGUUAAAAUAAUGCGUGUUACGCGUCAUUUAUUGACCUUUAUUGAUACACCUGCUGACUGUGGCAAUAUACUGCAGUAAUGGAAAAAUCAUAAUCGGUCAGUUAAACAAAAUGUAAUAACAUUAAAUCGUAUCGUGUGUAAUAAAUAGGUAUCUACCCAUAAUAAUAAAAUAGUCAUAAAUAGCUUCAAAAUAAAACGGAAAUUAUAACCUGGAUUUGAUUUCGCAAUAAACGAUCGAUCUCGUUAAUUUAUUUAAACGUUGAACGCUUCAAAAGGCAUACAAAAAAAAAAAAAUACGAAUUUUCGAUAUUUAUGUACCUACUACCAAAGGAACAGUUAAUGAUGAAUAUUGUGUAAAAUUUUCAAUAGUUUUUAAGAAACCAACAAUGUUUUACGUAAAACCAAAUAAAAACUCAAAUAAUUCGUAAUUUCUAAUGGAUAAUUGAAUAAUCGUCAGAUUUUUUUUAAAAAUUAUACCACGUCUUAUGAUUUCUAAUGAAAGUAUACUGAACAAAUUUCAGGGUUCUACGAUAAUGUUUAACCGACAAUAAGACAAAAUCUAAAAUAACAGAAACCGUUAUAGAGCAAAUUCCCUAGUCUUUUGACAUUUUUUCUCGGGUUUUUCCAGUUGUAUUAUUUAUACAAAUACAAUGAAAAAUCGAAAAACCGACUCCUCGAUUCGCCUACCUGGCACAAAACCUGAAACCAGAAACCACUCCUAAAUCCUGAAGUUGACGAUCAGAGCAAAAGUUAUGGAGGAAUAGACGAAUAAUCGUGUGCGAAAAAGAUUUUUGUAAUUAAUUUACGAUACUAAAUGACCACUUUGUAUUUUUGUCAAUACACUCAAACAUACUAUUAACAUUAUUUGACUUAGGGAUGUACAGUCGUUUUUAUAAGCUGCAGGACAACUGCUGUUUCUACUGUUGAUAUGAAUAUGCUAUGUUUUUUCCCGUCAGAAGGAAAACAAAAACCCAAACGAGUUACUUAUAAUAUAUUAUAAGUACGGAAAACGUACGCUGGUUUUAUGUAUCUACAUUUAUUUGUAGAUAUAUUUUAUAGACCGCACGUCGUUUUUAAGAUUUUUUCGCAAUUUGUCGGGUGAAUUGUCUACUUCGGAAUUCAUAAAAAAAAAAAAAAACCACUCUUCUCGGUCGAUAUAGACCGGUGGUAUUAAGAGUAAAAAAAAAAAAAAAAUAAAAAUAAAAAUCUUUCCAGUUUACUUAAGCGAAACGGUAUAUUUUUUCCUGCCGUACGACAAUAUAUAAUUUUGUUAUCGGCUUUCCAUAGGAACACACACCUGUUUAUAAUUUUUUUCCGGAGGCCGGUGGGAUUAACGAUUGUGAGAGAAAGAGUUGACGAUAAGGCGGAGCCCGGGGUAAUGACUUGGUGUAUUAUCACCGGGGUUUUUCAUUUUAUUAAACUGUGACAGACACCGGUACCCGAUCGGUUCUUCGUCCGGUCUCGUCGUUUUUACAUACAUGUGUAAAAAUCUGUCUACUCGAUCAGUUUUCGGUGGGUCGGUGUACCUACUUAAAAUAUCCGUAAGCAGGUGUAAAAGAUAAUAUUUAUACUGCUCCGCCCGUAGAAAAUGUGGGUUGGAUAAUGAUAUUAUUAUUAUUAUUAUUAUUUCGCGUGCAGUGUAUCAAAGACGACGGCGUGGGGAUAUUCAAAAUGGCGGCCAGUCUGAGAAAUAGUUGAUAAUUUGUAGUGACGUGAGCCCGGUUUCGGGGGAUACUGUGGCAAGUGCUCGUAUAUAUAUAUAUAUAUAUGUGUGUGUGUGUGUGUGUAAUAAUAUAUACGAGGGUUUUUGUAUUUAUCCGUGACAAAUGUCCUUCCUCAUCCCCAUUACCCUUCCACAAAUUCGCCGACCCGCCGGGGCCAUCGAUCCGAGAGAUUAACGCGGGGACCUCGCAAUCUGCCGCUCCUGCGAUUUUGACGAAAUCCCUAGCCGUAUGUCACGGUAAAAAGAUUUUGCAAAAAACGAGGCCCGGCGCGGCGAUGCCGAAACCCCGCGAAGAACCGAUACACGAGUGCGCAAACAUUAUUUUCGCGUUUUUUUUUUUUUUUCUUCUACUUCUUUCAAUGGAAAUCCGACGGUUUUUUCACCCUCUUUUUCGCGCGUAUACCAACAAUUAUUAAAUUAUUUUCCAAACGCCCGGUAUACAAGACCAUUUUCAUUUUAUCGCGAAUCCGCAGCGGUUAUCCACGCAGGUUUCGUAUAGUAACGACGGAGCACCUAUUAUACGCAGUAAAUUCGUAUUCGAGUUUUUUUCACGCAGAACGACAUUAAUUUUUAAAUAGCAAACUUAUUUCGUUUACUUCCCGGUCGGUAUAUAUUGUAUUAAUUCAAAUUUACUCCGAAUUUACGUCAGCUCGUAAUUAAAUAAUCAUUCUGUAUAAAAAAAAUUCGAUAGUUAAUUUUUUUUAUAAAGUCGUUUACGUGUAUUCUUAGAAUACACUGACAUGCAGAAUCCCAACAUCGGGCAUAUUGAUAUGACCGUCAACGAACGCUCAUAAAUAUUACACUAAUGUUUGCAAACGUUAUAAUAUGUUUUAUUUGUUAAUGCAUUGUAAUUUGUAGACGAACGAUUUCCGUAGUCAAUCCGAGUCAUUAUUGCUGCAACUGUCAACGUUAUACGCUAAUCCAAGAUAAAUUAUAUUCGUAUCCCAAUAUUCUCUUAAACUUUAUAUCUCCUUUUUUUCAAUCGAUUACGACCAUACGACACGGUAGUUUCACGAAGAUGUAUCCAUUACUUUAACUCAUGAGAUAAUAACGAUAAUCAAAUUCUGUUUGUUUUUUUUUUUUUUUUUUUUUUAUGUGUAUUAUAUUACUUGCAAGGAUAUGGACUACAAAUAUUUAUAUUUAAAUAAUUUUGUUUUUAAAACUAAACAAAUAACUUUUUUAAUUAUUUUUGAACAAUUUGACGUAUCAAAUUUUUAUUUUCAUUAAAUUUAUUAUUUUUAAUAAAUAUAAGUCCAGAGAAAAUUACCUAAAAUUAUGAAGUCUGCUAUAAUCGUAUUAUUUAAUUGAUUAUUAUUUUUAUUGCUUGUUGACUGCAUGCUUUUUUUCUCUGAACUUCCCGUAUAUAAUGAAAAUAAAAAGUUGAUACUUCAACAUUUUCAGAAGAAUAAACUCUAUAAAAUUAUUAUUUUCAAAUUUGUCGAAAAUAACAAAAUAAAGUAAAUAUUAAAAUAUAUAAUAAAAAUGUAUUUUAUACAAUUUUUACCAAGACAUAAAAAAUUAGUUAAACUAUAGAUAUUUUUAUCCCUGCGAAGAGUACGUAAUAUAAAAAACAAAAUUUGAUUGUCUUUAUAAUCCCAGGUGAUAUCGUAACGGGUAUAUCUUGGUGGGACACUAUGUAUUAAUGUAUAUAUAUAUAUAUAUAUGAUCGUGACUCUUUAUAAAGUCGUUACCCUUCAAAAAUAUUAUAUCUAGUUUAUUUUUAACGGCAGUUGGAGAAAAACGAAUUCCGUUAUUAGAAGAAAAUGGAUUUUUAUCGGAUUUUAUUGUUUGGAAAAUAUCAAUUUUGGUCGGGAUAUUAUAUAUAAUAUAAUAUCACCUAUUUUUAUCGUCCACGCUCAGCGCUCGAAUGAGCGGGGGAAUGCCUGGAACGAUAUGCCUCAAAUAAUUGUUUAGAACAAAUUUAUGUAAUUUAUCAAAAUGCGUUUUCAUUUAGAUUUGAAAUCUAAACAAUUAGAAUAUUUAUAUAUACAAACUAAAGAAUACUACAAGAUAAACCGAAAAAUGGUAUUUUCUCAUUACAUUAACUAGAUAUAAUUUUAUGACCGGAAAAACAUUUCGAGUACAUACAUUUUGCUAUAAAAAAAUAUUAAAAACACAUUUCAUCGUAGAAUCUGAAAUAAAUAAUACAAGCAAAAAUUUAACCUGCAGUAAUGUUAUUAGCGAUUCUAUUUUCUCCUAAAUUAACAAUUAUUGAAUUAUGUUUAAAACCUGGUGUAAGCAGGGUGUGGGAAGUGAAGUCUCACAGAUUGGGGGUGAACUCAAAAAUUUUAAGGGAGCUUUUAUUUUAUUACUAAUAUUGUUAUUUUUUAACUUUUAUAAUUAUAACUUUUAAUUCUAAUAAACAUUUAUUUUUCCUAAUAUAUAAUUACGAUAUGAACAACUUGGUACGAAACAAUAACGUGCGUAAGGAUAAGUUAACGUGUGAAAUUAUUUGUGUAUAUUGUUAUAUUCUCGAUUUUGUUCAGUUGGUUUUCGCAAAUAGUACUGCAGACAAAAGUCUUACCGCGUUAUGUCCUCCCGAUGUCUCGUCUUUGGUCGGCGACACAAUGUGUUCGGUAAGUAAAAAAUGGCUAUUUAUUUUAUUUUUUUUAACCUCGAAUUUUAAAGAGGCUAUUACAAUAAUACAAUUUUUUUUUUUUUUUUUUUGAUAUUAUUACGAACGCGAUUUUUCGUGUACUUAUAUAGACGAACGGGGUACCGUUCGAAUGGGCUUCCAAUUACGAGGUCGCCGUUGUCUAUAUCACGACGAUGUGGUCCGAGUUCGAAUAUACCGGAACAGAAGAAUCCACGGUACGCGGCGCUGUCGCCAAAAACGGAUUUCUCAACUAUUGCGUGAGGUUCAAGAAUAAGUUGGCCGUUUGGUCAAAGUCCGUAAGUACAUCUAAUGCGAUACAUUUUAUCUCCAGCAACAUGCCGAAAAUUCCUAUUGCUCUCGAAUUCUUAUAGCGUAUAAUAUAUAAUGCACUUCCUUCGCUAUCUCCAUUCUUGCAAUAUGAUCCACAUACUCAUACUCAUUAAAAUCCCCAAACACGACUUCCGCGGUUAUCCCGCGUAUACGUCGCUGCCGUUAAAAUUCGAUCAUACAGCUGCAAUCAACGUCUGAAAAACAACCGCAUAAACAAUAAACCGAUAAACCAUAUAAAACCUAUUAGCACAUCACUAGAGCAAUCAUCGUUUCAUCUGUGAUAUCAAAACACUCCUAUGCUGUGGAUUUUUAUGGUUUCGUUUACUCAUUAAUAUAAUACUCGAUUUGUAUUCUGUUAGGAACAUAGGAUGUUGAUGGUCUAAAAUAUGAAAAAAAAAAAAUUACGAAAAUGCAUUAUAUAUUUUUGCCGUUAAUUUCGUUGUUUUCAAAGCUUGAAUAAUUCAAAAUGAUAAUGUGUACAAACCCAAGCCAAAAAAGUUUUGAAAAAACUAAAAAUAACAGAACUCAUAAAUAUGCCUAGUUUUCCGACGAUAUCCCUAUUAAAAAAAAAAAAAAGAAGCGAUUAUUUAAAAAAUAGCCUCACAACUCGUAACCAUAUUAUACACUCCACUUACUUGUACAUAAAAUUGAAAUAUCUCGUUAACGAAUCGACGGAAAUUGAAAAUUCUAAAACCAAAAUAUUUUUAAAAUAAUACUUCGCCUAAGUGUGUAUUUUUAUGUACGGAUUACCAUUUUAAAAUCAAAAUUAGAUUGUCGUUUUACCACCAAAAUUUAGGUUGAAAAAUGUAACGGCAAUGUAAUCAUAAUUUUAGUCCAUAUGUUUCUUAAAUUUCUAACAAUUGCGUACACUGCAAUUAUUCAAUUGUUACACAUAACUUUGCGAAACAAAAAGUGUUUUACGUUAAACUAAUUUCUUAACGUGUAGUCUAGGCCGAUGUGAACUGCGAGACGUACCAAGAUGGGGUUGUUUAGGAAAUACAAUUUGCAAAAUUCGUCGACAUAAUAUUCUAUUAAAUUGAUGAACAAGAUAUUUGUUAUUAUUUGCAUUAUCAUGUUACCCAUGCAGACACGGUGGCGCAAAAUCGAACGCGUGACCGGAAAAUCGAUACAAUAAAUUGUAUAUACAGAAAACGUAUUAAUACAAUAUGGGUAAGUUAAAAAGAAAAUUAUUUAAAUUCGACACUGUACUCAAAAGAUCAAACGCGUUGCAUGGGCUACAUGGACGCUGCUGCCGGAGCUAUUGUCGACCUUUUCUCGCGGAAAAUAAACUCGACAAUAUGUAAAUAGUUAUUGUAUAUAUAUAUAUAUAUAUAUAUAUAUACACUAUAGAUACUCUGUAUACAGCAGCAGCUGUAGCGCACGUACUAUGCGUACGAAAACCGUGUACACGGGUGUGUGUGUUUGGAAUUAUUUCGCGAGUUUACGAGUUGGUACAGUAUGCGAGAACAACCGUGAAAAUUCGCUCGACAAAAAAAAAAAAAUAAAUAAAACGAUCUCGGUACUAUGCGUUGCGGACGUCUCGUGUGCUCGCAAUCGGUUCAAGUAUGUACUAUAUAGGUGCUCGUUACAAAUCUAUUUUCCAUUUUCCUUUUAAACGUAAUCAUAUAAUAUUAUUUUCGACGAAUCGAUAGAUACGUAAAUUAUACUAAACGCGGUAUAAUUUGAUAUACAAUAUACAGAGUGUACCGCCGUGUUCUACGGAUUUUUUUAAUAUCUCUGUUAAUAUUAAAUUUUGUUUAAAUAUUUUUUUGUCCGUCGAAUUUUUUUUCACCUAAACAUAUUAAAAUUAGACACAAAUUCAAUUGCUAAUAUCGUCCCAUAAUCGCUAGCGAAAAAAAAACAAUGUUUUAUUCGCGUUUGUACAUUUUCAAAACAGCCUUGUAACACAAAAUCGAAUCCAACCAAAACCAACUUAACCCCAGAAAUGAUGAAAUUUAAAGUGAGCAUCAACAGUUUGAUGAUAAUUAAAAAAUAACAAUCCCAAAAUGCUAUACGAUUUUAUCCAUUUUCGGAAUGUUUGACAUGAAAUUUCAUAUUAAAUUCAAUAUGCGAUAUAGUGAUGGUUUCAAUCGCCAAACGUAAGGUGGAACAAAAUUAUUGCAAUAUAUCGUUUUAGAGUCGCUUAAGCAACAAUUGUUUCUUAAAUUUUUCGUAAAUACAAUUCCGAAAGAUAUUAUUACUUAUUUAUUAUAAAUGUUCGAAAUAAUGAUUGUGUUACGUUAUAUUGUUCACCGAUCAUCCUGUAUAUCAUAUACGGGACACAAAGUGUAGGUUACUUUAGACCUUGGGCCUUGAUUUGGGGCCUUUAAAUGUCAUUGACCGGUGGCUUAUUACCCGUCAUGUCACCCUAUCGCUACGCCACUGGAUUGACGUGAUCCCAUCCAUACACAUAUAAUUUUUAAUAAUUUUCAAAUUUUUUUCCACCACCGUCGCUACUCAGUUAAAGUAGAGAGGGAAAAAUCCCCUUAUUUGUCUUUUAUCAUUUUUUUUUUCACCAUGAACGAGCGUUAAAAUUCGUCCGUCUUCGCGAAGACUUUUGCUAUUUGUUUACGUACGCCGUGAAUUACAAUAAUAAAUUGACACGCUGUUUUACAACAGCUGAAGUUAAAUAUUACGAUUCCAGAAAAAAAAAAAACUCGCUAUGCCGCCGCCUUCGUUAUCGGAAAACGAGUAAAAAUAUACAAAUAUUUAAAAGCCCUGCGGUAAUGUAAAGAAAUAUUUCGAACAGAAAAUUGGAUUUAUAUAAUGCGGUGGGAAUAUUUUAACUAUUCAUUUAAACAAGUAACAGGAAAGAUUUUUCACGCACACGCAUUCUUACGAAAUUAACGCUGUCUGUUGACGGAAUUGAAAUUCCGAAAAAUUUCUGUACACUGCCGAAUAUGAAGGUUGUGUACAUUCAGGUGGUCGAAUAUGUGUACAAUUUCCCCAAAAAAAUAUCCUCGUAACGUUUUUAUAUUUUGUAUACAACUUAUGUAUUAUAUUAAACUUCCCGUAGUUCGUGUCGAAUAUUUUGUGCUUCCCAUUUGUGUGUUUAUCAUCCUAUAUACGUUGCCGAUAUAAAUUUCGAAUUGCCCUGUGUUCCAGCUAUUUUUAUGUAUUAAAAAAAGAUUAGCUAGGUUAGGUAAAACCGUAUACAAUUAUGUUAAAUAUGCUGUUUGACUGAUUGAUAUUAACAUUAUUAUUAUUAUUAUUAUUAUUAUUGUUAUUAUUAUUAUUGAUGUACAGUUACAAAACGAGUCAGACGUGAACGAAACGGUUGAAAAAACCGUAUCCAGCUGGUAUCAGGCCGUCGACAGCCUGUCGCGAAACAACUGGGAUCUUCCCGAAAUAUCAAAUCUGGAGUCGUUUCGGAAACAAUUUAAAACGUCAUUCAAACAUCUAAUCAUUAACGGCAGUGACGUUUACGGAAAGGCGAACGACGCGAAAUUAAAACGGAACGUGAACGACUUUACGCGGGAAAUCGCGAGCAUAAUGAUCGGACUGCUGAAGGAAAUAUCGGUAGGCGCUGCCGCCCGAAUCGGUUAUUCUAUUUAAACUAUUGUGUAAACGUUUAAAUUUGAAUUUGUUUGUUUUGCAGAAACAAAUUCGAAACGUUCCCGAUGAUGAUUACGAUACGACAGUGGGAGUAUAGAUUCGCAUCAGCCGGCCGUUUGGUUCGCGUAUUAUGACGAUAAAUACCGAAAUUUCGAUCGAAACAAAGUUGAUUAAAUGUCCGCGAUGUUGUUUACGGUUAUGCCGUUUGAAUAACAAUAAUAAUAACUCGGUUAACCAGCAAUUACAAUUUUGAUAACGCCGUGUUCUAAAUUUUAGUUCAGCGGUGAUACGUUUCAUCCGCAUGCAUAAUGUCUCAUCCGGACAAACGGUGCGUGCGUUACCGGGCCCCCCGUCUGAAAUAUAUCAUCGAACCGUUUUAAACCGUAAACCAAACGCUUUGUUUUACAUAACCGGAAACACAUUUAAUUAAUAAGGCGUAUGCGUUCAACUCGAGACUACAUCUAUCCUGUUGUCGUUUUUAAAAUCUAAACGCGUACUUACUGCAAAUCCGUUGUACUCGUUUAGCGAUCGUUAUAUAGUUGCAUGAUAGAUUUUAUAGAGGUAUUACACAGAUGCGCGUGCGCGCGUGCAAAAAAAAAUACUAUAACAUAUUAUACAUUUUGAUUGCUUCGCUACAUCAAUAGUAAUAUUAAACGGCGGAAACUGUACUAUUUCUUGAAAGUAGGUAUUUGGUGAAAUUUCCGACCUCUAAAAUAUUAUUUUUACUGAAAAAAGUAAAAAUUUUUUUUUUUUUAUCAAAAACACCUAAUUAAAUAUAACUGAUGUUUUCCUCGGUGUUUUUUCUCUAUUAUUAAACUGUAAAAUUGCUCAGUAUAUUGCACUAGCUAGAUAAUGCCUAUUUUCUACCGGACGCUAUCGCCGUUAAAGUCGACGAUCGAGGCAGAAAGAUCGGUAUAAAAUUUGUUGACGGACAGGAAAAAUACACAUUUUAUAGUCUAAAAUAAAUAUACGCGCAACCUACGUUUAGCCAUCAAUAGUAUAAAAUGAAAAUUGGCACGGGCAAGGCCGGGCGGGACGGUUAUGCUACACAAAACUAACUAAAACCAUCUCUUUUAGAUGAACUAGAGGUAACUAAAAGACGGUCUUAAUCAACAUUCAACGCAUUUGGUCACCUAAUCGCUCGCCCGUUUUAGUCGUGAGGCAAUCGGUCUCAAAAACGCCUACUCUGUCACGCCACUGGUAAUGCGUAGAAAAAUUAAACAAUCGUCCCGGUCCCGGGGUAAUCAUAUCCGGCCGAAUUAUUCCUAACGCGCUAGACAGGAACGGGGUGACACGGCGGUAAAAUAUCAGUUUAUCGAGUGAUUUGUAUAUUAACACCGGGCGGCCGUGACGUGAACGCGAUUCGCGAAUUACGCUGUGGUCGCAGGCAAUUCUGAAUUCAGAAAACGGCCACGAACAUUGUCCGGCUCGGUCCGGUCCGCUCGGGGUCUCGGUUCGACUGCGCCGGUCCGGUCCGCUCGGGAGACCGGGCCGCGCAGACGGGGCUCCAGCGCAAACGCCCGUUUGUAACGCGUCCGCGG